CUUUUUGGGCCAACGGACAGUAUGAAAGGACUGUUAAAGAACUUGACGCUUUCCCUGCCAUUGGGUCUUGCUGCCCUCUCUCAAGCACAGGAGACACAAUGGCCACUCCGAAGCAAUGGCGUCACUGACUUGGUUGAAUGGGACCACUACAGCUUUAAAGUGAACGGUGAACGUUUGUUCAUUUGGUCUGGAGAGAUCUCAUCAUAUACAGGNGGUUUUCACGCGCCGCGCGAUGGCGUUGUCGACUUCGAGUCUGGUGCCCACAAUAUUACCAGCCUGUUCGAGACUUGCAAGUCACUUGGUCUAUACAUUUUCUACCGUCCUGGACCCUACAUCAAUGCUGAAAGUACUGGCGGAGGUUUCCCUGGCUGGGUGACGACUGGUGCGUAUGGCUCUCUUCGUAACAAUGACACCAGAUACACUGAGGCUUGGAAGCCUUAUAUCGAGACCGUUAAUGGUAUCAUCGCUGAGCAUUCGAUCGUGAAUGGUGGCAACGUCAUCUUCUACCAGGUCGAGAACGAGUACGGCUACCAAUGGACAAACACUGCUCGCAGAACUCCCAACGAAACUGCUAUCCACUACAUGGAACUUCUAGAGACUGUUGCAAACGACACUGGCAUCAACAUGCCUACCGUGCAUAACAACCCUAAUCUAGGAAGCAAGUCUUGGUCCAUGGAUUAUGACAUCAACAAGGUUGGCGGCGAUACUUGGUUGUACGCUGUCGACAACUAUCCUUCAUGCUGGAGUUGCAACCUCCAAGAGUGUAGCUCCACCAACUCUCCGGCUCCUGACUUUACUGUUCUCGACUAUCACACCCACUUCCAGGAGACAGCACCUGGAGAUCCUUCCUUCUUAGCUGAGUUUCAGGGUGGUUCUUAUAACCCUUGGGAUGGCNNCCCCGCUGGCGGAUGCAGAAACAAUACCGGACCUGACUGGGUGAAUGUGUUCUACAGGAAUAACAUUGCCCAAAAGGUUACUGCUCAUAACAUGUACAUGUUAACCAACUGGGGCGCCCUGGCAUUCCCAUUAGUUGGCACUAGUUACGAUUACUCUGCGCCAAUUCAAGAGGAUCGUCUUAUAGGUGACAAAUAUUCUGAGGCAAAACUGCUCGGCUACUUCAUCAGAUCUGCUAAAGAUCUCCCUCUAAUCGAAAGAGGCACCAACGGUACCAAUCUCACCACCAACGCUAAUGUCUUCACUCAAGUUCUGUACAAUGUCGAGAACAAUGCUCGAUUUUAUGUUGUCAGACAUGCAAACACAACACUGCAGACUUCUCUCUCCUUCAAGCAAAACAUGACUACCUCUCUUGGAGAAUUCCAGGUGCCUCAGCAUGCUGCUGACAUUCGCAUCAAUGGAAGAGAAUCCAAGAUUCUUGUUUCGGACUACAAUGCUGGAGAUCAGAAGAUUGUCUACUCUACUGCCGAAGUCUUGGCUGUGUCUAUACAGAGUGGUAAACCCAUCAUUGUCUUCUGGGUACCGACAGGAGAAAGUGGCGAAUUCUAUCUCAAGGGCGCCCAAUAUGGAAGCGGCGACACUCUUGCUCUAGUCGGCGAUUACAAUGGAACCACUCCCCUUGAAGUCUUUGCUGCAGGUGUCAAGAAGGUCACCUUCAACGGCGAGUGCGUCACUGUCAAAGGUUCCGGCUAUGGCAGUCUCAAGGGAGAGCUUAGUCAGGACAAAGUCACUGUAACAUCAUUGUCUGCUUCCCUUCCUGCGCUAUCUCAGUGGAAGGUCGCGGACGGUCUUCCUGAGCGUGAGGCUGACUAUGAUGACUCGAGAUGGAUGGAUGCCAACCACACUACUACGCCCCACUGGAACAAGCCUGCAACGGAUCAUAUUCUCUAUGCCGACGAGUAUGGCUUUCACGGCGGAAACAUUCUCUGGCGUGGGCGCUUCAAUGGAACAAGCAGCGGUAUGUUCCUGAACGUCAUCGGCGGCACCGGUAGUGGUUGGUCAGCUUGGCUCAAUGGCAAGUUCGUCGGUUCGACUUUUGGCGACAUCAAGCUUUCGCAGACCAACCAAACACUCAAGUUCGGUGACGCUGUAAAGAGUGGAGAGAACGUUUUGUUCAUUAUCCAGGAUCACAUGGGCAAAGAUCAGACUACUGGUGCCAUCAACCCUCGCGGUAUCCUCAAUGCCACUCUUGCCGAUGGUGCGAAGUUCACUUCCUGGAAGGUAGCAGGAAAGGCUGGUGGCGGCGCGAACAUCGAUCCUAUCCGCGGCCCCUACAAUGAAGGCGGUUUACACGCCGAGCGUCUGGGUUGGCACCUUCCCGGCUUCGACGACAGCAAGUGGGCUUCCAGCUCGCCGUCUACUGGUCUCAAUACUGCAGGAGCAAGUUUCUACCGCACCAUCCUUCCUCUCGAUCUUCCCAAAGGCCACGACAUCUCUCUCGCUUUCAACCUUCACGCAGCCAAGAGCUCGAAGCUGAGAGCUCAGCUUUACGUCAACGGAUAUCAGUUUGGCAAGUUCGUUCCUUAUAUCGGUAAUCAAGUUGAGUUCCCGGUUUUCCCUGGUAUCUUGGAUUAUCAUGGUAACAAUACUAUUGGGUUGUCGAUUUGGUCUCAGGAUGAUGUUGAUGCGAGUGUUUCUGUUAGUGUUAGUGUGCUUGGUGUACAUGCUUCAGGGUUCGAUGUUGGCUUCGAUUCGGAUUACCUCAGACCUGGAUGGACGAAGGAGAGGUUACAAUACUACUAA